AGGCGCGCAGGGUCUCAGAAGCGGCACCGCGGACGCGGGUCGCGCGCGUCAUGCCCGCUGAACGGCCUCCGGGCACGCGGGCGCGGCACCAGGCCGGCAGGUGCUGUCACUAAUCCCGCCCCAGUAAAGAGCUGCUGGGGCUGGGUGGUCAUGGGGGAGCCUGGGAAAGAGGAGUAUAAAAUCCAGUCUUUUGAUGCAGAGACCCAGCAGCUGCUGAAGACAGCACUCAAAGAUCCAGGUGCCGUGGACUUGGACAAGGUGGCCAAUGUGAUUGUGGACCAUUCUCUGCAGGACUGUGUGUUCAGCAAGGAAGCAGGACGCAUGUGCUAUGCCAUUAUUCAGGCAGAGAGCAAGCAGGCAGGCCAGAGUGUCUUCCGGCGUGGACUCCUCAACCGGCUGCAGCAGGAGUACCAGGCUCGGGAGCAGCUGCGUGCCCGCUCCCUGCAGGGCUGGGUCUGCUACGUCACCUUUAUCUGCAACAUCUUUGACUACUUGAGGGUCAACAACAUGCCCAUGAUGGCGCUGGUGAACCCCGUCUACGACUGCCUCUUCCGGCUGGCCCAGCCCGACAGUCUGAGCAAGGAGGAGGAGGUGGACUGCCUGGUGCUGCAGCUGCACCGCGUUGGGGAGCAGCUGGAGAAGAUGAACGGGCAGCGAAUGGAUGAGCUCUUUGUCCUGAUCAGGGAUGGCUUCCUGCUCCCAACCGGCCUCAGCUCCCUGGCCCAGCUGCUGCUGCUGGAGAUCAUUGAGUUCCGGGCAGCCGGCUGGAAGACCACCCCGGCCGCCCACAAGUAUUACUACAGCGAGGUCUCUGACUAGGCCGCCCGAUCGGGCUUCCCGGCCGGCAGCGCUGGCCUUUCCUCUACCCGCCUCCCAGCCUGGCCGCGCAGUGCCUGCCUCUCCCCAGUGCUUCUUCCCUCCAGGCUUUCAACGGGUCCCGAGAGGUUUCCCACCUAGCGGGUGGUCCUGCUCUAAGCACCUUCCCUCCUCCGCCAGGGAUUGGGGAAGACACCACACAGACCUGCUCCCCUGCCCACCCCACAGUCCUCCCUCUCUGCCCCACCCAGGGGGUUACACAGCUUCUUAGUGCCUCAGUCUCCUGUCUGUAAAGUGGUACCCAUAGCCAUUGGUAGACGUUUUGGAAUGUCCAGAAGCAGAGAGGCAGAGCACAAGUCACUCCCGAUACUGCUUUUGAUACAUUUUGUAUGAAGACUUUGGACACAGGUGUA